CUAACCUCACUCAUGAAAGAAAUUUUUCUCAAGAAGCGUGGUCGCGUGGUCGUAUGGUCGUAUGCUGCAUGCUAUCAACUUCAGCAAGCAUAGUGAGGUCCGGAGAUUUUUGGAUUUGAUUCCAUGCUGAUUGUAGCUGAAGGAACUGUCAGAGCUUAAGAAAAUUUCACUAGAAAUUACACAUGAUGUUUUCAUCAUUGUUUAGGGCGUCAAGUACUGCCAGAUGUUUAAGUAAAGCUGCAUUCAAAAGUAGGAAUUCUUCAAAUUUUGUAGUCCUCGGGAUAGAAACAAGUUUUGAUGAUACAGGCUGCGCAAUUGUGAACAGCAAUGGUGACAUUCUAGGAGAAGCACUAAGGUCUCAACAAGCCUUUCAUAGUCUAUUAGGAGGCUGUCUACCUCCUAUUGCAAGGGAUUUGCACCUGGAAUGCAUUGAAUCAGUCAUCGAUGAAGCUUUUGCAUCAGCUAAACUUUCUUUAUCAGACAUUGAUGCAGUUGCAACAACGGUCAAACCAGGUUUAGCAGUAUCACUACAAGUUGGAUUAGAUCAUGGUAAAAGACUCUCCAAACAAGGCCAAAAACCCUUCAUACCUAUCCAUCACAUGGAGGCACAUGCACUCACAGCUCGAAUGAUACAAAAAGAUGUAGAAUUGCCGUUUCUGGUUGCAUUGAUUUCGGGAUGUCACUCUUUGAUUGCUGUUGCCCAUUCAGUAGACAAAUAUUCCCUUCUUGGCACUGCUAUGGAUUCAGCUCCUGGAGAAUCCAUAGACAAGCUUGCUCGCAGAAUGCAACUUAGAAACCGGCCUGAACUGCGGAAUUUAAGCGGUGGCAGAGCUAUUGAGUUGCUAGCUGAGAAAGGUGAUCCAACUAAAUUUGAGUUCUCCAUGCCUAUACCAGGUGACCAAAGCUGUAACUUCAGCUGGGGCGGACUUAGAACAUCAUGUCAAAGAUACAUAUCGGACAGUGAAAUAAAACAUGAUCUUGAUGUAGAUGAAACAAUUCCAGAAAUUGAUGAUCUAUGCGCUAGUCUCCAAGCAGCAAUCUGCAAACAUUUAUGUUCUCGACUCCAAAGAGCAAUGGAGUAUGCUAAUAGACACAAUAUUUUACCCAGUGGAAAGACUCUGGUUUUGUCUGGUGGUGUUGCCUGUAAUGGGGCGGUGAAAAAAUGUGUUGGCAUGCUUUGUGACGAAAUGGAAUAUCGACUCGUAGUUCCACCACCCCAUUUAUGCACCGAUAAUGGUGUUAUGAUUGCCUGGAAUGGGGUAGAGCGCUUCCAAGUGGGUGCUGGUGUUAUUCACAAUCCGGAAGAAAUUGACGCGGUUGCAGUUGAAGCAAAAGCACAGCUUGGCGAAGAUUGUAGACUAGCGGUGGUGAGGGAAAGUAUAUCUGUCAAUCAGAAAAAUCGAAUCAGGGUAGAAAAAGCUCUCCUCAAAUGAAGUGAUCAACGUUACUAAAUCAUUUUUUAUAUUUUAAGAUAAUUUUACACUUUCAAAAUGCUGUGAUAUCAAUUUUAGUUCUGUAGUAAAUUUUGCUUUUUUUACUCAUGA